UCUUGUUUAAGAAAAAAAUAAAGAAAAAAUCCUUCAUAAGCGCCAGUAACGGUAGGUACCUAGACAGGUACACCGUGCCCGAUUCGAAGCCGAACUGUACCAUGCCAUGUCACGACCUAGUUUGCUUUUUCUGCUCCCUUAUUAUAGGGCUUAUGGCUUAUUAUACGUCCAAAGGUGCGGGGUAAGGUGGCUUAUGGGAUUGAGCUCAGCUGAGCUUCAGAGCCUGAUGCCACGCCGUCUCUCCGACUGGGCUUGAUUCUCAUGAUACAGGGUGGCCCGUAACGCACCGAUGGGUUCGUCCAAGAAGAAGCUUCUCAAGCGAUUGUUCUCUCCUAAGCCUAAAAACGCAAGGAGCCCCAGUCAUGAUGUGCUAGACAGCGAUGACGACGAGGCGAGUUCCUCGGCCUCACCCAAUCCGAGUUUCGAAGUUCCUACUACGUCAAUCCAGAAAUUGUUUCCGAAUAACAAUUUUCACGGCCUCGGAGAACUCUAUAGCCCGGAUAACGCCGUUGUCGACAUAGUUUUUCUCCAUGGGCUUAACGGCCGCGCCGAUAGAACAUUCUUUUACGAAAAAUCAGAUACAUUUUGGCCGACCGAUUUGCUUGCAAAAGAUAUUGACAAUGCCCGUAUCUUUACCUAUGGAUACGACGCGAACGUCGCGCACUUCUUUGGGCCAGUAGGACAGAACACCCUACAAGACCAUGCCUCGAAUCUGGUCAACCGUAUGGCUAAUAAGAGGCUUCAAACUCAUUCAGAUUCGCGAAAGAUCAUAUUCGUCGCUCAUAGCCUCGGUGGCCUUGUGACUAAAAGAGCGUUGGCUCUCUCCGAAAACUCGGCCGACGAACACCUAAGGCAAAUAGAAAGAGAUACAAUUGGCAUUGUUUUUUUGGGAACGCCUCAUCGGGGCGCAGAUAUGGCACCAUUUGCGAAAGCGGUUGCCAACAUUCUCAAAGCCUCUGGGAGCAGAACCAAUCCUAAGAUCCUCGAGGCGCUUAAAAGAGACUCGGAGGUCCUUGCGGCAGUUGAGGACGCUUUCUCGAAUUGGCUAAGGAGGGCUUCCGGUCGAUUCCAAUUAACAUGCUUUUCUGAAGAGGAUGAGCUUCCAGGUGUUGGACUAGUAGUCAAGCCAGAAUCCGCAAAGAUCGCUGGAUGGCCUAACCAGUCGAUUAAAGCCAAUCAUAUGGAUAUGGCAAAAUUUCCCAACUCAGAGGAUGAUGGGUAUCUGGCGGUUAGUGGAGAACUUCGAAGAUGGAUACAACCACUGAGCACAGAGACACAUACCAAGUCCAAAAAUGACAUCGAAACCAUUCUUUUAGCACACCUCGAUAAGAUAGGUCUGACACUAGACGAUGUCCGCGAUACUUCUAAAGCUCCCGGUUUAGCCAACGAGAAAGGUCAAUCACCUGGGAUUGAGGAUUUUGUUGAAUGGUUCAUCAAAAGCCCAGAAUUCCAAGUAUGGCGAAGACAAAACCAAGCCGCAUCCCUCUGGCUUUAUGGUCCUGCAGAUGCGGGGAAAACAGUCGUAAUGUCCUAUAUUCUGCAAGAAAAUCGAUCAAUAUACACGAUGAAUUGGGAUAUCGCUGUCUACUUCUGUUCCGAAGGCAGACCAAAAUCGGAGGAUUUUAUCCUAAUAUCCAUUAUAUUUCAAUUAAUCAAGAAAAAGGAUCGCUCGGGCCUUACCCAAGCGACCCCCGGCCCCUGGAAUUCUUCGUUAGAUGGACCUGAUAUGACCAAUCAACUGUGGCGGCUACUGGAAGCUGUGGUUAGUGGGAUAUCCGACAAGGACACAGUCUUUCUUUUCGAUGGUAUUGAUAUACUUGACCGCGAAACUGGCUCGGCUUUCCUGAGAAAUUUAUUGCAUUUUGAGAAGCGAGUUUCUGACUCGGGUGUAACAAUUCGAGUUCUCAUUUCCUCGAGACCUGAGCCGUAUAUCCAAGAAACUCUUGCUCAUUAUGCGAGCAUAGGGCCGGAAAAGGAGAGAAAAGAAUGUCUCAGAACCCUGUAUUUCCAGGAAUGGGAUGCGCGUGAGACUCGCGUAGACGCUGUCGAUGAGGGAGGAGAUUGGCUUGUAUCUCACCCAGAAUAUUCAAAGUGGAUCGAGUCCCCUGAAUCUGAUUUGCUUUGGAUAGAGGGGAAGCCGGGGAGCGGGAAGUCAACGUUGUUGAAACGAAUCGUCCAGAAACUGCAAGAUGAGAACAACGUUUCCGACCGCGAGAAACUGAACGACGCAAAGCUCUACCUAGACACAGUCGUAGCCGCCUUUUUUUAUAGUUUUCGUGGAGGUAUCACCGAGACCAGCCACGAGCUCAUGCUUCGUUCUCUCGUCUACCAGAUAUGGAGCCAAAAUAAGAGACUAUUCCCUCUUUUGCAAGACACAUACCGAAGACUGAGGCUGAAAAAUGACAAUAUCCCAGAGACAACUUCAUUCUGGAGAUAUGAAGACUUAAAAUGUGUCUUGGGAUCCCUACAUAAGGUUGACUUUCCAUUACGUGUCUUCGUAUUAGUGGAUGGCGUGGACGAAUCCGAUAGCGCCAAACGGGGCGAUUCGCUUCGCUUCUUAGAUGAUCUCUCAUCUAAAGAGAGCAAUUGUGUUAUGAAGGUGUUGAUCGUUAGCAGGCCAGAGGUUGUUAUCACCAAUCCCCGCCUUGGUAGAUCAUGUCACAUCGUUUUGCAGAAAGAAAACGCAGAAGAUAUACGCAAGGUAGUCGAAAAGUGGACCGAGGGGCUCCAGCACGACCAUGGAGGGAAACUAUUAUCAAAAAAAAGUCGCAAACCAGAUAAUUUUUCUGAAAUCGGAGAUUACAUUAUCGAAAACUCCCAGGGCGUGUUCCUUUGGGUCUCUCUGGUUUUGAGAGAUCUAGAGAGACUCUUUCGGAAAGGUGGGUAUACAAUAGCUUCUCUCGAAAAUCGUGUACGCAAGCUUCCGAAGGAUCUCGGCGGGCCACACGGCUUCUACCGAGCCAUUGUGGACUCUUUAAUCAGUCGCCAAGGCCUGGAUGAGGGCUCAGAUGAAGAUGACAUAGAGGAAGAUCAAAGACUCGCAAAGCGAAUACUUGCGUGGGUGACUUUCCCUAAGCGACCCAUAUCAAUGCGCGAACUCGAGCAUGUGCUAGCGACACCGCUCCAGAUAGGAGAUGUCGACUUAUCGACUUACGACCUUGAGCGAAACAGACCGUUGGAAUUGGAACGGGGAUUGAUCGCUUACUGUGGGGGGCUCGUGGAGGUGCGGGAUACAAGCCAUGGCCCGAUCGUACAACUCAUACACCAAACUGUCAGAGAGUUCAUCUUGGAUCAGAGACGUCUAGCUACGCCAUAUGAUCUUGAUGAAGUAGAGGGAGACCAAAUAGUCUCUAAAACGUGUUGUUUUAAUAUUUGCGUUACCUUUAUGGCGGCAGCCUUUCAAGUGGAUGUUGAUCCUGACUUCUCGCGAGUUGAUUCAAUAGCGCAUUCCCUUUGCGAAAAUAAUCUACUUCUGUACUCACUAUAUUACUUUAUGGAGCACUUUAAGAACCUGGGAGACAGUGGCAUCAAUUUAUGGGCGGAAUUUGAAUCACAUUUGAAGGAUACUAUGUCCAGACCAAGAUGUUAUGCGGCCCUUCUUCUUUCGAAAUGGGUUACAUCAUACUGGCCGUCGGAAUUCACGAAUGGUAUUAGCCAAACUACUGCCGAAAACUGUCUCCAAUCGGCAUUUGUCCAUGCUGCUGCGAAUGGAAAAGAAGAAGCCCUGAAGAUCUUGCUGGUUCUCGGGGCAGAUAUUAAUGGUCAAGGCAGAGAGUGUACAAACGCUCUUCAGGCAGCAGCGCGUCAAGGUCACCGCUCGAUUGUGAAAUUCCUGUUAAGGCAUGGGGCGGAUGUCAAUGCCCGAGACGGGAAAGGUGGCAACGCUUUUCAGGCUGCAGCAUGUCAAAAUCAUCUUGACAUUGUUAAAACCCUGGUAGAAGCUGGUUCAGUUGUUAAUGGCCGAGACGAUGAAGGCAAUAGCGCUUUUUGGAAAGCUUCGUACCAAGGCCAUGACGAAAUGGUUUUACUCCUACGUAGGAGCGGGGCUGACAUUGAGGCUCGGAAUGACCAUGGCAAUAGCGCCCUUUGGGCAGCGUCAUAUCAAGGCCAUAAUGCGGUUGUCUCGUUCCUAUUAGAUUAUGGGGUGAGAAUCAAUGCUCAAAAUAAAAAAGGCGCAACUGCUCUGCAAACAGCUGCUCAUCAAGGCCACCUUUCGACUGUUAAAAUCUUAUUAGAUCAAGGGGCGGAUAUUAACGUCCGAGACAGAAAUGGGAAUGAUCCUCUCUGGGCAGCAUCAUCUCAAGGCCACAAUGAGGUUGUACAACUUUUAUUGGAGAAGCGGGCGGCUCUUAACGCUUUAGAUCAAGAAGUGAAUUGACUUUAAGGCUCUACAACUUCUCAAGCUGGUAAACUUGGGCCUGCCGAGCAAUGCGGUACCGAGGUUGACGCCGG